ACCGAGUCAAAUCCCGGAGUCAGACGGUGCACAAUCAAACCAUUUCCAGGCAGUUUGGCCUUUCAAAAUAAAAUCAACGGAUAAAGGUUGUUCCAUUUAUUCAGGCUCAGGACGUCCACUGUGAUGGCCCGAUCAAAGCGUGUUCCGUUUGUUUUGAAGACAGAACGGAAGUUGCCGUGUUUGUGAUGCCGAACGUCUUGACUCAGAUAUUUCCGUCAUGCGGAGGUGAAGGAGUGACAGACGCUGUUGGCUCAAAACGCCAUGAUGUCCCACAUCAGGAGGACUUUGUCUCUGUUAACAGGCUGUUCAGCCGUUGGCAGGUGUCGACCCAUUAACCAACCAGCUCGGAGCAGCUCCACCUCCAGCAGCGGCCUGAUGGUGGCCUCUGACGGCACAAAGGCAGGCCUGGUCCUGCACUCACAGUCCACUGAUGUGUACCAGAACCUGGCUCUGGAGGACUGGAUUGACGCCAAGGUGGACCUGCAGCAGCGCAGCGUCCUGCUGCUGUGGAGGAACCAGCCGGCCGUGGUCAUCGGCCGCCAUCAGAACCCCUGGGCCGAGUGCAGUCUUCCGGCCAUGAGGGGGAUGGGGAUUCCCCUGGCCCGCAGGCGGAGCGGCGGAGGGACCGUCUUCCAUGACCUCGGGAACCUCAACCUGACCUUCUUCACCUCCAAGAAGGAGUACAACCGGCAGAGGAACCUGAAGGUGAUCACAGAGGCUCUGAGGCGACUCCGACCACGACUGGACGUCCGGGCCACCGACAGAUUCGACAUUCUACUCAAUGGACACUUCAAGAUCUCAGGCAGUGCGUCCAGACUGAGCAGGAAGUCGUCCUACCAUCACUGCACUCUGCUGCACUCUGCUGACCGCUCCGCCCUCAGCGCUGUGCUCCGCCCCUCUUGUCCUGGUAUCCAUAGCAACGCCACGCCUAGCGUCCCCUCUCCCGUCACCAACCUGCUGGACCACGCCCCCUCGCUGCAGUGGGAGGAGCUGCUGGAUGCACUGGUGUACCAGUACAAUGCAGAGUUCGGCUUCAGCGCUGCGUCGACCCUCGUUAAUCCCGCUGAUGAGUCAGCGUUUCCUGGACUCAGCAGGGCGGCGGCAGAACUGCGGGGCUGGGAGUGGACGUUCGCUAAGACCCCUAAGUUCAGCGUCCAAACCCUCCUAGACCUGAGGGACGAUCGCUCGUUUGCUCGCAGCUCUGCCCAGCUGCAUGUGGAGGUGAGGAACGGCGUGAUGGAGAGCUGUGAGCUGGAUGUUCCUGCCCAUUGGCUGCCUCAGCGGUUGAGCGGCGAGCUGAGCGCCGUGCUGGUCGGCGAGAGGUUCUGUGGCCAUCGAGUGGCUGCAGCUCUGACUGCGCUGCUGCGGUGUGAGAGCGGCGAGCUGCAGCACAGACUGAACAACCUGUGUGACGCUGUGGUGUCCGUGAUGGGCUGAAAAUAUCACAUUUAACUCUUAAUUUGUUCUCCAUUUUGCUCUUUGUGAAGAAUCGGAAGCAUUUUUGUGCGAGGACAUAAAAUCAAUUUGUUUGUA